UUAGGCUUUUGUUGGUGUUUCUCUCACUACUUUCUCUCUCUACUGCUCAAUCUCCAAAAAUAAUUAGCAACAUAACAACAUGCCCCAUUGAUCUCAGCUAUGUCCUUAGAGCCCCCGUCAACUUCUCAUCAUGCAAAAACUUCCAACCCCUGGCUAAAACCCCCCAAAUGGACAUCACACUGAUCCCAUGUUGUCAAACCUUAUGGUAUCUCUUUGGAAUAGGCCUUGCUCAACACCUCAAGGCCACCACUUUUUUCCUACUCCCCAACAUAGCAACCUCAAAUUCUUGCCUCCAAAACUACCAGUCCAAGCUUACCUCUCUAGCAAUCCCUUCCAAUCUUCUCUCUUAUUGUUUUGACCCUUUACAGUUUGUAACUGGACCCAAUUUCUGUGCCCAAAUUGAAUCUUCCCAAGAUAUGAUCUCCAAGCUUAAUCAGACCACUACAAUUGACUCUGGAUGCAAGCCAGACCUCGCAGAUCUCUCACCCUGUGAUGUUUGCGCAACAACUAUGUUGCAAAUUCAUCAACAAUUAAUCACAGUUGAUGGUAACAUCUCUCAUUCUAGAAAUUGUUUGUACUUUACAAUGCUGUAUGUUGGUACGAUCAACGACCAGGGUCUUGAAAGUGAGGGUGUCGUGUCUUGUAUUUUCGCUUUACCUUUAUUGAAUGGUUUGCACAAAAAGAGAUAUACCACUCUUGUAACUGCAGUGGUCUCAGCAACAGGAGGAUUGCUUACGAUAUUAUUUUUAUACUUUUUAUGGAAGAAAUCUUUGGGAAAGAAAAGGGCAUAUAGUGAGAAUCUUAGGAAUGUUAGUGCUGGAGUUGGGAAGAAUGAUACAGAACUACCGAUCUUAAAUUUAAGGAGUAUAUUAGCUGCUACAAACAACUUUUCUGAAGCUAAUAAACUAGGAGAGGGAGGGUUUGGCCCUGUUUAUAAGGGCAUCUUAAAUGAAAAUCAAGAGAUAGCCAUAAAAAGACUGUCAAAGAAGUCAGGGCAAGGAUGUCAAGAGUUCAUGAAUGAAUUAAAACUUAUAGCAAAGCUCCAACAUAGCAAUCUUGUUAGGCUCUUGGGUUGCUGUAUUGAAGAGGAAGAAAUGAUAUUAAUCUACGAGUACAUGCCUAAUCGAAGUUUGGACAAAUUUUUGUUUGAUCCAAGGGAAAACAUAAAAUUGGAUUGGGGUAAAUGCUUUCGAAUUAUAGAAGGUACAGCUCAAGGUGUACUUUAUAUCCACAAAUACUCCAGAUUGAAAAUCAUUCACAGGGAUCUAAAAGCAAGUAAUGUUCUGUUGGAUGAAGAAAUGAACCCUAAAAUUUCAGAUUUUGGAAUGGCAAAGAUUUUCGAGAUAAAUCAGAUUGAAGCAAAUACCAACAGGGUUGUUGGGACAUAUGGUUAUAUGUCACCUGAGUAUGCUCGCUAUGGUCAUUUUUCUGAGAAAUUGGAUGUAUUUAGUUUUGGAGUGUUGUUGCUAGAGAUUGUAAGUGGAAGGAGAAAUUCUUCUUUCUAUUGUCUUGAACACCCGGUUACUCUUCCUGGAUGGGCAUGGAAAUUAUGGAAAGAAGGUAGAGGAAUGGAGGUGAUUGAUGAAUCAGUGAGAGAAACAUGUCUGCCUCAUGAAGCUUUAAGGUGUAUCCAUGUAGCACUAUUGUGUGUUCAAGAAGAUCCAGUUGAUCGACCAACAAUGUCUUCUGUAAAUCACAUGUUGGCUAAUGAAGCUACAUCACUUCCACCAUUCAAAGAACCUGCAUUUUCAACACAUGGAAAUUAUAAAGCUGUUUGCUCUUCUUCUCAAUCAUCUAGCAUUAAUCUGGUAACCAUUAGCAUCCCUGAAGGUCGAUAGAGGUUCAAUGCCUAUCUGUCGGAGAGUGCUUACAAAUUACACUUUGAGCUACAUAAUUUUAUGUCCAGAUCAGUGACGGAGGCAAACAGAAUGCUAUAUGGACUGUAGCCUAGACAAUAUUUUGGGCCAAAAACCCCUAAGUAUAUAUAUAUAUUUACCUUCAGCCCAUACCAGACAAUAUUUUGAUUCUUGCCGACUUGACCACUUAUGUUUUGAAUUCCUUCGUAUAUCUCUUUGGCUUUGUUCUCUUCUUAUUUGUUCUAUUAUUAUCUAUACAUUAAUCAAGCUACGCAG